AACGUUAACACUAAACUUUCUCUCCCUCUUUCCCUCUCUCUCCCUCAGACUGUCCAGGAGAGGCUAACAGGUCAGCUAACCCAAUGAACAGCAACAGGAAAGAGGACAUGGAGAUUUCGUCCCACUACCGGCAGCUCCUGCGUGAGCUCAACGAGCAGCGGCAGCAUGGCAUCCUGUGUGACGCCUGUGUCAUUGUGGAGGGGAAGAUCUUCAAGGCCCACAAGAACAUCCUCCUGGGCUCCUCGCGUUACUUCAAGACCCUCUACUGCCAGGUGAAGAAAGGGGCGGAGCCACAUCACCAAACAACCGUCACUCACCUGGACAUCGUCACAGCGACAGGCUUCAAAGCCAUCCUGGACUUCAUGUACUCUGCCCACCUGGCGCUGACUAGUAAAAACGUCAUUGAGGUGAUGUCAGCUGCCAGUUACCUACAGAUGACCGACAUCGUCCAGGCCUGCCACGGCUUCAUCAAGGCCGCGUUGGACAUCAGUAUCCGCUCCGAGCUGGCCGACGAACUGGCCGACUUCGAGAUGGGGGCUGUCGCGGCCGCUGGGAUAUGUGGGGGAGGUAUAGGAGGAGGUGGGGGAGGUAUAGGGGGAGAAAGGGGAGGAGGAGGGUUAGGAGGGUCGGCAUCAGAAGCCCUGGCGUCCAUCAUAUCAGGAGGAAGCUCCUCGCCAUGGCUGGAGAGGCGUACGAGUCCGGCCAACUCUUCUGGUGACUCAGCCAUCGCCAGCUGCCAUGAGGGUAGUGGCAGUACGUACGGUAAAGAGGACCAGGAGACACCCAAGAGCCAUGAGAGCCAGGAAGACGGUGGCCACGACUCCCAGCACGCCUGGCCACAAGACUACCGCCCCGUCACUGUCAAAGAAGAACAAGCCUCACCCUCCUCCACUUCUCACCCCCGGGAGAGGCUCAGAGUGGGUGCAGGGGCACAGGGGGUGCAGGUGGGAGGAGGUGACGGGGCAUGGCAGCCCUCUGGGUCGGGGAGGAGGAAGAACAGGAAGAACAAGGACACAGUCAGACAUAUUACCCAGCAGACUGAGCUGGACAGAGACAGCAGGCCGGGCUCUCCACUGCCCCCCGUGAUGGGCGUGACUCGUUGGAGCUACAAUGGACAGGACAUCCCAGGUGCAGAUGUGACAGAGCCCAACAGCUCAGACAGUCGCGGAGAACGUCUCGACUUCUUCCUCAAACAGGAAGAAGCUCUGACAAUGGGCGAGGCCAACUUCCUGGGUGCCAGCGAAUCAGAUGGGGCAGGAGGUGGGACCGGGGGUGGGACUACACCUUCGGUAGCCAAUCUGAGGGCAGCAUUGAUGAGUAAAAACAGCCUGCUUUCGCUACGGGCUGAGAUGCUGGGAGACGAUAACCCUGUACUGUUUGAAUUCAUGCCCAAAGGAGGACACUCCCUUUCACUGAAUGACUUCACAGUGAUCCGUAAGAAGUUUAAGUGCCCCUACUGUAGUUUCUCUGCCAUGCACCAGUGUAUCCUGAAGAGGCACAUGCGUUCCCACACGGGCGAGAGGCCCUACCCCUGUGAGAUCUGUGGCAAGAAGUUCACCAGGAGAGAGCACAUGAAGAGACACACACUGGUCCACAGUAAAGAUAAGAAGUAUGUGUGUAAGGUCUGCAGCCGGGUCUUCAUGUCGGCAGCCAGCGUUGGAAUCAAACAUGGCUCCCGUCGCCAUGGUGUCUGUGUUGACUGUUCUGGACGGGGCAUGGACCACAACCGGGAAGCAGGCGGAGGCAUGUCGCCCGAAGAUGAGCUGUAUCCCAGCGACCACCGUUUCCACAACGAUCAGGUGGAGUGUGAAGGCGACGGAGAGGGGGAGGAAGAGAUGAUGACGGAAGGGGAUGGAGAGAUGAUGGGAGAGGGGGAUGAGGAGGGAGGAAAGUGGAAGGAUGACUCAGGGAUGAUGACGGAGGGAGACGGAGCCAUGGAUAAUGACAAGGAGGAGAGCAACUCCUCUGCACCAGAGGGGGAGCAGCACAAUGGGAGCGAGAAGGAUUUCAGCUGGAUCUCUUAGGAUCAUUUAGGAUCUAUUGUGGAUCUUAGGCAGACACAGCUCUCUUUACCCAUGUGUACAUGGGCCUUCCUCUGAGUGGGAUAUGUGGGCGUUACCCGACAAUGAUCUAAACCCUUGACAGAUGCCAUACACACACGCAUCACACAUACACACACAAGCUGAGCCCUGUGCUGAUGAUAGGACUGCCAUGGCGGAAAGAGAACGAUUGAGAGAAAAAAACAAUGUUUUGUUUGUUUGUUUGUUUCUGAUGAGGACCGUAUCAGAGUCUGUCCAUUGGUUUAGAUGUUCACCUCCAUCACACUGGGACCAAUGAGGACUCAUUCAACAUCUUAGCUGAUUUUGAACCAUGACUGUUUAUGGUCACAGUUGCCAUGGAUACGAUGGAUCGUUAACAGUUUGGGAAAACACCAAGGUGGUGUCUUGUUGCCAUGCAGUCCUAUUUGGGGACAGUCUCUACUUCUUUGGGGACAGUCACUACACCUGGGGACAGUCUCUAUAUCUGGGGACAGUCUCUACAUCUGGGGACAGUCUCUACUCAUUAUGGGGACAGUGUAUACACCUGGGGACAGUCUCUACUCAUUAUGGGGACAGUCUAUUCAUUUUGGGGACAGUCUGUAUUUAUUUGGGGGACAGUCUUUAUUUAUUUGGGGGACAUUCUCUAAUCAUUUUUGGGACAGUCUCUAUUCAUUUGGGGACAGUCUUUAUUCAUUUUGGGGACAGUAUUCAUUCAUUUGGGGGACAGUCUCAAUUAAUUUGAGGGACCGUCUCUAUUCAUUUGGGAACGGUCUCUAUUCAUUUGAGGACAGUUUCUAUUCAUUUGGGGACAGUCUUUAUUAAUUUGGGGGACAGUAUUCAUUCUUUUGGGGGACAGUAUUCAUUUGAGGACAGUCUAUUAAUUUGUGGGAAAGUCUCUAUUUAUUUUGGGGACAGUCUCUAUUCAUUUGGGGACAGUCUCUAUUCAUUUGGGGACAGUUUCUAUUCAUUUGAGGACGGUCUCGAUUCAUGUUUGAGACAGUCUUUUAUCUAUUGUAAAGUUGCACCCGUCAGGCAGCGGUUGGCCCAUUGUCUCCUGCAGAGUGAAACUGCCACAGACUUGCACUUUAACGUCGACUAGACUCCUGUAAAUGCUCUCAACCCGUGGUUUACAUGUUCAAUCUGAUUUUACCUACACAACUCGGUGACCGCACCUACCUUUAAGGAUAUAUACUGUAUGUCCUCAUGACUGUUAUGAUAUAUAAAUAUAUGGAUAUUAUAAUACUUGUGCAAAGUUUGCUGAUUAUAAUAGCCUAUGCCCAGUGGAGGCUGGUGGGAGGAGCUAUAGGAGGACGGGCUCAUUGUAGUGGCUGGAAUUAAAUAACUGGAACGGAGUCCAACGUGGUUUCAAUAUGUUUGAUAUCGUUCUAUUGAUUCCAUUCCAGCCAUUACAAUGAGCCCGUCCUCCUAUAGCUCCUCCCACCAGCCUUCACUUCCUAUGCCUUUCAAUUGGUUGUUUCGACACUUAAGUUUACCAUGUGUUUCUGUUGAGCUGUGAUGAGAAUUACGAAAGGUUGAGCAUAUCUACAUACAAACAAGCCACAACAAUUAGUGUAUUCAGCAAGAGAGGGAGUUGGAGAGAGAAGGAGAGAGAGACGUAUGAGAGAGACAGAGAAGAAGAGCGUGAGAGUGAACACUAUGCAGGGACAUGUAAGAUGUAAGUGUUCUUAAUUCUCUACUUUCAGAGAGAGGACACAGAUCGACAGGUAACCUAGCAGUUAAGAGCAUUGGGCACGUAACCGAAAGGUUGAUGGUUUGAAUCCCUCCUGAGCCGACUAGGUAAAAAAUCUGUUGAUGUGCCCUUGAGCAAGGCACUUAACCCUAAUUGCUCCUGUAAGUCGCUCUGGAUAAGAGUGUCUGCUAAAUGACAUAAAUGUAAAUCUUUACUUCAGAUAUUUCCUCUCAGGAUGAGCGAGAGAGAUAUAUUACAUACACAAUGAUGAUGGGUGAAAACUCAUGCCAACACAAGCACACUAUGGACCUAUUCUACAUGGACAUUCCAUCUCUUUUUUCUUACCUUGAUUCUCAAGUUGUAUCUAUGGACAGCGGUUGUGUUUAGAAGCAGACUUUCUUCAAAACCUUUGUUGUUUUAUUCUAAGUUUUAUAUUUCACUAUAAAUACAGAAUAUGCACACUUUUACAUCUUAGUGAACCUUAAUGAAUGGUUCAUCUUUCUUUUUGGUGACAAUGUUCAUUUCAGUUUGUAAAAUAAGUCAGGCUUGGGCUUAAGAUUCCACCCAGAGAGUGGCCUGUUCUGGUGAGAGCUUUAUGACGCUUUGUUUCGUUUCAAAAAGUUAUUUAUUAACAGACAUUUGUGGGAUUAUUGUACUACUGUAUAAAGACAUUCUCUCAGCUCCGUCUAACGCCUUCUGUAGUCACAGCGUGUGUGGAUGUGUGUGUUCGUGUGUGUGUGCAAGCGUGUGAGAUGUAUAUUGAUUUUCUUAAGAUGUUAAAACAUGUUUAUUAUGAUGAUCAGAACUAUGAAAUGAUGCUAUUAUUAUGAUGAUCACAACUAUGAUAUGAUGUUAUUAUUAUGAUGAUAACAACUAUGAUAUGAUGUUAUUAUUAUGAUGAUCACAACUAUGAUAUGAUGUUAUUAUUAUGAUCACAACUAUGAUAUGAUGUUAUUAUUAUGAUGAUCACAACUAUGAUAUGAUGUUAUUAUUAUGAUGAUAACAACUAUGAUAUGAUGUUAUUAUUAUGAUGAUCACAACUAUGAUAUGAUGUUAUUAUUAUGAUGAUCACAACUAUGAUAUGAUGUUAUUAUUAUGAUGAUAACAACUAUGAUAUGAUGUUAUUAUUAUGAUGAUCACAACUAUGAUAUGAUGUUAUUAUUAUGAUGAUCACAACUAUGAUAUGAUGUUAUUAUUAUGAUGAUCACAACUAUGAUAUGAUGUUAUUAUUAUGAUGAUCACAACUAUGAUAUGAUGUUAUUAUUAUGAUGAUAACAACUAUGAUAUGAUGUUAUUAUUAUGAUGAUCACAACUAUGAUAUGAUGUUAUUAUUAUGAUGAUCACAACUAUGAUAUGAUGUUAUUAUUAUCGUUAUUAAGUUCUGGAUGCUAAGCUUUAUUGUGCGUUUCUUUUUUAUAUUUGAUAUCUUGUAUUAGAAGAAAAGCUUGUGGAGAGCAAGCUAUAAGGUGUUUCUUAACAGUUCUAUCAUGCCAUCUCUGCUUUUCUGUUCUAUUUGUUUUUACAGAGAAAGAAGAAAAAAAUCAGAGGCGCUAAUUUAUUCUUAGGGCUCUGUUCAAUCAGAUCCUCUUUAGCUGGCAUCCUCAUAGCAGUUGAUUUGUUGGUAUCAGAGGUGGAACGGCUCUAGAGUUGUCAAAUCUACAAGCAGCUCCCGGCAUUAUACCUGAAGUGACAUUGCCAUUGGCUGCACGGAGUCACAUUAAGAGAAAUAUCAUGCAGCCCUGUUUACAAGUUUGAACACUGGAAUGUGAGAUGUAAUCUACACCUUGAUUUAGCUGACAGAAAUCCUCAUUAUUUCGUUUGAUGAUUUUCAUUUUGAGUGUCAUUAUUUCUAUACUCCACCUUCGUUCUGAACUUCAAAUGCGAGUGGGACAGGUGUGGAUUCAUGAGAAGCAUCAAGGGCAGCUGCUCACCGAUUUGACAGCUCCAACGCAGUUACACCUCCAAAACAUCAGCUAUAUGAGUGUUGGCUAUCACCUGUUACUGCUUGAUUUGACUGAAUCUAGGCCUUAGAUAUGGAUUGGACAUAUGUAUGGUAUGGCACAAGCGUCUAUAUUACUAACAUACACAAAUGAAUUAACAUCAUACCAAAAAUGAUCGAAUGCGUUGUAUCAAGUGCUUUUGUUUCAACGGUGCGUGUGCAGAUGUAGGUGCACAUAUUUCAAUUUAUUGUGGUCUAAUAAUUGUGUUGUAGUUUGGAUGUUGUUGUUUUUUUAAAUCAUGUAUUUUUUUGAAACAGUUUUCAAAGUGCACAUGUUGUGUGUAUAUAUACGGUAUCAUUGUAUAUGAAGGGCCUUGUGACUUGCUAGGCUAUAGACCUGCUGAAGAUCGCAUCUUUAACCCUCUUUUCUUUAUUGUCCAUGUUGCCCUGGUUUCCAAAGUUGUGUUCUAAUGUUUAUCCUAAAUAUAAGCCCAAUUACAAAUCUACCCCUGGCCCAGACCCCUGUGCACUUUUUGUAGGUCUGAAAUGAUUAGGUAGGGGUAAAUAAUAUAAGGCAAAUGUCAACCUGGCCCAACAGAGGGCAAGAUUCUUACAGACCUACAAGACAUGUUUUGGGGUAGGGUGCCUAAAUGGAAAGUUGCCAUUUAUUGUCAUUAAUGUUGCCUUGGAGCCAGCUCUGUAGAGCGGUCACUAGCUGGCACAGCCACAAAGUCAGAAAAUCUGAAUUUAAACCUAACAUUAACCCUAAUCUUAACCACACUGCUAACCAUAAUGUCUCACCCUAACUUUAAAUUAAGACCAAAAAGCUAGUUUUUGUUUUAAUUAAUUUUUACGAUACGAACGUCUGCCUCCAGGGCAAGAUUCAUUACAAUAAACAUCAACCUGCACCUGAAUGCUAUGAGGGAAAGGGACAAAGUGGGCCACAGGUCUGCCUCUUGGAAUUAUAGUUGUGUAGCCACAGUUGGUUGCAAACAUUACCGUCUGCCACACUUCCAUUCCCAUCAGUCCCAGUGCUAAACACUGUAUCUACAGAACAACCCUCGGGUGUGUGUUUCAUUUCACUGAUUCCUGACGCCUUCUCCAUGUGUGGUGGCAAGCUUUAUUUAAGUUGUAUUAUUUAUUGUCUGUUAGCAAUUUCUAAUCUCUUGAAGGUUUCAGAAAGAAAAUGAAUGAUGAUGUGUGGAUAUUUUGAAUGUUAAUGGCUGAAUAUGUAGGGAUUGUCAAGAGCUGCCGUGUAUUUGGAAGGAAUAGCAGGGCUAUUUCUCUGACAUCCAUCCAGUGCUUUUCCACUCCAGACUCCUGUGACCACUGAGAUGUUUUUACCCACUUCCUUACCAUCACCUGUCUGCCUGCCGGCAUGUCUUCUUAUUCCUUGUCUUGGUGUUGUAAUUCAGGAAACAUUUGCCAUCCAAUCCCCUCAACAAUGUGCCUCGAUACAUUUUAGAUGUGGGUGUGUUUCAAGAGAUAGGGAGAUACAGAAAUCUGAUGGAUAGAGAUUUUUAAAAUAUAUUUUAUCUAAAUCACAGGUGCAAAAAGUUGAGAAAAUACUGAUUUUCUGAGAGACAAAUCAGCGAUUUGUUUUUGAGGACCUAUGUUACUGUGUUACAGUAUACAGUAGAUUCUGUUCCUGACUGUGUUUAUUAACCCGUUGUGCCCUGAUUCCAUGGUCUCAACUGCAAGCCUUUGUCCAUUUGUCAUACCAAAGCUCUGUCUCUGGCGUCUGCACAAAACUGGUUCAUUUCACAUCUAAAACUGUUUGCUUUUCAGCAGAUAAAUAUUUGUAUUCUGCUCUUAGAUGCGUACAAAAUUGCAAUCCUUAUUUAGCCUGUAUAGCUUGAUUCACAUGUGCAAAUCACAAAGCCAUAGAUAUGGUUAUAUCUAGAUUUUACUAUAUUUCAAAAUUCUUGCAUUUUAUUUUAGAUUCUGUUCUUUACUAAGAGUGAUGUGUGUAUACCUUCAUAUAUAUAUAUAUACAUUUAUAUUGUUAUUAUAUGUAAUAUUUAUUUUUCAUUUGGCAAGGUGUCUUUCGUUUGUAAAGUGAGACACUUGAAACUUGACAGUUGUUUGUUGGGAAUAUUGUUCAAUAUGAUACUGACUUUAUAUUGAUUAUCAUAAACCUGUGUUUGUAACAAAGAUGUGUUGAAUAAUCAAACCCCUUGAUCUGUUUGGGAGGAUUAAAGUGAGCAGGUCGUCUGUAUAUGAUAGUACUGAUCACUUGAGCGUUUUUAUAGCCAAACAUGAACUUCCCUACCGUCCUGUUGUGAGGGCUAGCCUAAAGGGCUAACCCAGGCCUCUUUCUAACUUCAUGUUUAGUGGAAUUAGCUUGACUAUUAUUUGCAAAACCAAUCAGUCUCAAUAAAUUUUGAAAUUGCUGCUGAA